AUGAUUAAUAUCGCCGGCGUUGUCAGCAUCGUUCUUUUCUACAUCUUGAUCCUUGCGGUCGGGAUAUGGGCGGGCAGGAAAAAGGAGUCCGGAAAUGAUUCGGAGGAAGAAGUUAUGUUAGCCGGACGUUCGAUCGGCCUGUUUGUCGGCAUUUUCACCAUGACCGCUACAUGGGUCGGAGGUGGUUACAUUAACGGAACAGCGGAAGCAAUCUACACAUCCGGGCUAGUCUGGUGUCAGGCUCCGUUCGGUUAUGCGCUCAGCUUAGUAUUCGGUGGCAUCUUCUUCGCGAACCCAAUGCGAAAGCAAGGAUACAUCACGAUGCUGGAUCCGCUGCAGGAUAGCUUCGGCGAACGGAUGGGAGGUUUGCUCUUUCUGCCCGCACUCUGCGGAGAAGUGUUCUGGGCGGCAGGUAUCUUGGCCGCUCUUGGCGCCACCCUGUCGGUCAUCAUCGACAUGGAGCAGGAAACUUCGGUUAUCCUGUCGGCGUGCAUCGCCGUCUUCUACACCCUGUUCGGAGGGUUGUACUCCGUGGCGUACACGGACGUGAUACAGCUGUUCUGUAUCUUCAUCGGGCUGUGGAUGUGCAUCCCGUUUGCGUGGGCCAACGAUCACGUCAAGAGUCUGUCGUCGAUGGACGUUGACUGGAUCGGUGAGAUCGGCGAGGGCUACACCUGGUUCUAUCUGGACUACGGCCUGUUGCUAAUAUUUGGCGGUAUUCCCUGGCAGGUAUACUUCCAGCGUGUUCUUUCCAGCAAAACAGCUGGACGGGCUCAAAUCCUAUCGUACGUAGCAGCAUUCGGUUGCAUUCUGAUGGCCAUUCCACCCGUACUCAUCGGUGCCAUCGCAAAGGCAACACCCUGGAACGAGACGGACUACAAGGGCCCGUGGCCACUAACGACCCAGGAAACGAGCAUGAUUCUGCCGAUGGUGCUGCAGUAUCUGACGCCAGACUUUGUGUCCUUCUUCGGGCUCGGGGCCGUCUCAGCCGCCGUUAUGUCUUCGGCCGACUCAUCGGUGCUGUCUGCUUCCUCAAUGUUUGCCCGCAACGUUUAUCGGCUGAUCUUCCGGCAGCGUGCCUCCGAGAUGGAAAUUAUCUGGGUCAUGCGUGUGUCAAUUCUGGUCGUCGGUGUACUGUCCACCAUUAUGGCCCUAACCAUACCCUCGAUUUAUGGGCUCUGGUCAAUGUGUUCCGACUUGGUGUACUGUAUUCUCUUCCCGCAGCUUCUGAUGGUGGUACAUUUCAAGCAUCAUUGCAAUACGUACGGCAGUUUGGCAGCGUACAUAAUCGCGUUCCUGGUGCGUCUGUCAGGGGGUGAAUCCAUGCUGGGUUUACCCGCUCUGAUCCACUAUCCGGGCUACAAUGAAGAAACCAGCACCCAGAUGUUCCCCUUCCGAACAAUGGCCAUGAUCAUGAGCCUGAUCACGCUGGUGGGCGUAUCCUGGUGGACAAAGUGGGUAUUCGAAACUGGACGAUGGGCACCACACUACGACUAUUUCCGUUGCGUAGUGAAUAUACCGGAAGAAUUGCACCGUGUUGGAGAGCCGUCGGAUUCGGGCGAGCAGCUCUCGGUGAUGGCUGGUGGUAUGACGCGCAUGUACGGUGCGGCUACAAUGGUCGGUAAGGAUGAGCGCAACGGACGAAUAAAUCCGGCCCUCGAGCCGGACGACGAUCUGCCGGUGGUUGAGGCGCAGCGACAGAUGCAACAAUCCGCAGGCGGAGAAAGCGGUGUCGCAGCACCCGGCACUGGACCGGCUCAGGCCCAUACGGCCUUUUGAAACGCACCCACCGGUACCGGCGUUCGGUUUGACUGAACGGAGCCGGUUGGCAGCCGUCGGGGAGGCCGAACCAAAGCCGAACGAAAUCGACUUUAUUAGCGUGCAGUAUUUGGAGCAUGUUCUCCACCCCAGGUGUGAAAACGGUAUAAAGUGACGAAUUAUCAGCAAAAAUACAUAUCAAGAAUGCACGUGGGACAGGACGUAGUAUUAAAAUAUAUAAAGUAAGUGGAAUGAAAAGUGAAAAGAAUAAUUAAGACCUUAGCCACUAGAAUGGAAGAGCAUAAAAGAGCAAUGCAAAACAAAACGACACGCAAACGCAAAAGUUAAAGACAAGAACAAGUAACGAAUACAUAUCAAAUCAAAUCAAUAGAAUACAAUGGAGAGAAAAAUAGGCAAGCAGAGAAAAAAAAACCCUAGGAUGCAUGUUCAUCAAGCAACAAAUACAUAUCAAGUAUGGUAGGGGAGAAACAAAACGAUAGGUAUAUUAUACAUAUGUUAACGAAACAAAACUAGUAAUGACUAUACUUACCUAUAACUGUUAGUUGGUUUAACGCCAUAAUCCUAAGGGCGGUGGCAAAGCAGGCGGUAAGGCGACAGUUGUGGUUGAUGCGUAGCAAAUUUUAAUGACAUGUUAGCAAUGGAAAGGUUCGAGCGGAGGCUUGAAAUAAUAUUCUUUCACUCAUUUGUUGGAUUUCCAUUUUAUGUUGCUCCGUCUGUGAAUAUUGUACGAUUAGAUAGGAAUGUUGGAAGUCACGAAUGUGAGGUACAUAAGGAAUGUUGUUGGGCAUUUGGUUGAUAAACAGCGAAUGGUUUUAUUAAAAUUGGUUUGUUUUGUUUAGCGUCAUCCUACACGGAGGAAUAGCUUUAAAAUUCCGCGAUCACAAUGGUUCACAAUGGAGUAAAGCAAAAACAAAGUCACAAACUCAAAGGUGCUAGAGACAGAAGAUGGGAGAAGACAGGAGUGGAUGAGUUGUCGAGCAGAUGUCGAUAUGCCAUUAUUAUUGUUUGGUGUUUGUAAGUUAGUAAUUUUUCGUUAGUAAUUUUAACGCAAUUCUUGUUGGAGUGUUGUUGCAGAGUUUAGUCCCAAGAGAAAGGCAGCGAACGUGAGGCAACGGUGAGGUGAGCGGAGUAAUGAGAGAAACAAACCUAUAGAACUGAUAAUUAAGUCCCGGGCAGGUGAGCGGUACGAACAUAUCAUUACAAGUAUAAACAACUGCAAACGUAAGUUGCAUUUCACUGGGACAUAUCGAUGGGAUAUUACUAGGGAAGGAUAUAUAUAUAUAUAUACAUCUAUACAUAUACAUAUAAAUAUAUACAUACAAGUCUGCUGCAAGAAAAAGGAAAACCCAUACCGUAGAUGUCGAAGGCAUAGCUGUAUAAUAAAACACACACAAAACCAUGCACAGCUAAACACAAAAAAUGAAACGACUCGACCAUACUAUCGGUAGUAAAGCGUUUUAAACGAAACGAAGGAGUUGCUUCUGAGCAAGCCGUGUAGAAUUUCCUAGGACACUAAAAUGGCAAAACAACUAAAAUAGCAGGAGAAGUGUAGAUUAUACUACGUAAAACUGUGAGAAACUAUGGCGAAAUGAAGCAACGGGCGAAUCGAAAUACUCAUACAUAUCAAUCGUGACCUUCCAGCGCUUAAAUCUCCAACCCGUUUACGAUAUUUCGAUACACGUUCGAUCUUCAUCACGGUUAGGAUGCAGCUUCGGUUCUCGUUUAGGUGCAGAGUAACACUGUUGUGAACGGAGAUUAAACUACGCGGUGAAAAUGUUUUAUCAAACUAGAACACGCGAAAGACAACACUUUCACUAUCCACAAAGAGCUGUACCAUACAACUGAAUUGUUCUAUAGACGUGCCUCCCCCCUUGGUGGAAUUUUGAUAGGGCAAUUGCCCCCAAUUUGUGAGUGUCUGUGAGUGCAUUGCGUUGGACGGUAUACUCCUGCCGUAAAACCAGUGUUCCGAUCGGUGUGUUGUGUUUCGAGGUUGUAUAAAAAUCCGAUCAUAUCGUCAUCGAAGCGUCUGCUGCCGCUAGGAAUCCGAAGCGCCCGAAUAACCCACAACCGUGUCGCACCACCAUUGCGGUACGGUAUUUUCUGUUUUUUUAUUUGAGUUUAGCUUUUAGCUACACACAAUGCAUUCACACACUGUUACACCCUGUAAUCUAUAACGAGCUGUGGCCAUAUCUCAUUAAUGUACCUCUCUUUUCGUAAGUGUUAUAUGCAUGUUGUUCACCGUACGUCAAUCGCGUGACGAUCGAGAAUGUUGUUGUUCGCUUACGAUCUGUUCGCCACUGAUCUACUUACUUUAUCCCGAAACAAAUCGUGUCCGUGCACCGCCCGAUCAAUCUGUUUGCAAAAUUUACUGCUGGGAACCUUUUGGGGACAAACUUCCACUGAAAGGUCCGCACUUGACUUGUUAGAUUGUUGAACAGCAAACGAAACUCUAGUGAAAUAUCAAACCAAAACGUUACAAAAAUUGUUCUUAGCUGUGCUACUAUUUAAAAUUGAACAUACACAUUUGAUUGCACUCCGCGGGUGCGUAACGUUGCGGCCGACCGCGAGUGAAUAUAGAAGUGAGCCGAACCGCGCACCAGCAGCGUGAAACACCCGCCAAUAUGAGCGUCAAGAAAAAUGGAAUAUAUUUGUUUGAUGAAACUAUUGCGCUAAUUGUUGAUAUCUGAGUGGACUUACAAAUUGUGAAAAGAAAUUAUAUAAAGUAAAACUACACUUAUUGUAAAGCAAAGGGGGAUGGAUUGAUCGAUGGAUUGGGAGAAGGGAAUGAAACGUACAACCAAAGAUGUUCGUCGCCGUUGUUAAUGGGUAAGACUCCAUCCGAAAACAAAAGAAAAAUCGACACAUAUCGUGCAUAUAUAAAUACUAACAUAUACAUACAUAUACCUACAUGUACCAGCAACAGUUGCUACAGACAGGCUAUGAAACCAAAGCGAAACUGUACAAGUAGAGCAUAGUGGAAGCGAACCAAAGCGUUUAGCACCUACCACACGCUUCGACAGGAUGCGAAUAUUGUGCAGCUGUAAAGCAGACGUACUUGGGACGGACUGGAAGUUCGGAUUGAUAGGUGUACAACUGACGAGGCAAAAAGAUCAAUAAGCGAAGAAAGUAAAAUCAAAUAGACCCAUAUCCGUGAGCUUCAAAGAAAAAUUUAACUGGCAUGGUCGUGCAAAAAUGAAAUUAAAGCAACAUAUUAGAACCAAAGAACAUUUCGGUUGAUUGUUUAGCAGUUUCCCCAAAAAAGCAUUUUGAAAUAGAAUCGUUAUGGAAUAUAGCUUCUACCUAUCGAAAACGAAUGAACAGCAUUUAACGGAACAGUCAUGGAAAAUAAAAAGUGGCUCCCAGGAACAAAGAACGGAAAAUCCCAAUAGAUGUACAUGUAUUUUAUUAGAAAAUAAGAUAAUUAUACAAAUACACAUAUGUAUAUGUAGGCAACCAAAGCAACCCAUUAAACAAACCUAGUGAUCGGACUGAAGUGAACGAAAUGCGACGAGAGACGCCUGGUUCGUCAACGGGAUAGAAUGACAGCGCUGCAGGAGUGGCAGUAAAGAAAUGCCUGAAGUUAAUAAAUUUCCCAGCGUUCAGUUCACCCUGGCAGUGUGUGAGUUGAUUGUGGGAUAGAGAAAAUGUUUCAUUCACUACAGACAAACAAACCGCGUUCGCGAUCGUAAUUGUGGUAUUAAAUGUUGCAUUAAACGUUAU